AUGUCGCCAGUGACGUCAGCCGUCUGCGACGGUGUGCCUUUUUGUUACGACGAAGAAGUCCUAACUUCCGGCUUUGGAGCGCCCUUUCGAUGUAUUUUUGUUCUGAAAUUGGACAGAGAAAAUAACAAAAAGCUGUCACAAUCGCUCACGUCGAAGCCCCAUAGCCGAGAGGUGGAUUUGAUGUGACGCUUUAAUGUUAAAAGACCAAGCGAUGUCUGUGGUGUUUGACGGGACUCCGCUGAAAGCGAUGCAGAGCUCACACACUCACACACCGCAUACUGCCCUGAGUGCUCAGGAACUGUCCCAGGAGAUCAAGUCCUUCAUCAGUGGCGUGGACACCCUUCAGGGCCGGAAGCUCAGUGUCCGGGAACACGCCCGCUGUGCUGUGCGCCUGCUGCGUUCGGUCCCGGCCUGUCGAGGGGCAGUGCUGGAGCAUCUGAGGGGCGUGUACGAUGAGCACGUCUCCGCCUUCCUGCACAACUUGGAGACAGAGGGUGAUGCCAGCUCGGGGGUCAGCUCCAACCUGGAGGACAUUAUACAGGAGGUUCAUGGCGUGCUGUCAGAGUUCAUCCGUCUCAACCCCCGGGCCUGGGCCCCUCUGGUAUCCGCCUGGGCUGUGGACUUGUUGGGCCAGCUAAGCAGCAAGCACGCUGGCCGCAGGGUGGCCCCCCACUCCUCCAGCCUUAACGAACUGCUCCAGCUCUGGAUGUCCUGCGCUGCCACCCGGUCCCUCAUGGAGGCCUAUUCCCAGUGUUUGGCCGCCAUGCUGGCCUGGUGCCCUGAUGCCUGUGUGGAUGCGCUGUUGGACACCUCAGUUCAGCACUCCCCGCAUUUUGACUGGGUGGUGGCUCACAUCGGCUCCGCCUUCCCGGGUACUAUCAUCAGCCGAGUCUUGGCGUGUGGACUCAAGGACUUCUGCUCUCAUGGCGCUAAGGACCAAGGGCUAAUGGUGAUGGGAGUGGAUAAAGGCAGCAGAGUGCCCAAGAUUGGCUCAGUGGUGGGAAUCCUUGGACACCUUGCAGUGCAUCACUCAGACAGCAUCAGGAAGGAGCUGCUCAGGAUGUUUCAGGAAAGCCUGAGUCCGUCAAGCCCUAUAUCUCCAACUUCAUCCUCAACAUCUUGGGAGAGUUCCCCUCAACUCCGCCGUGCUGCAGUACCAUUUCUGCUGCAGCUGGCUGCAAUGUCCCCCAACCUCUUUGGUGCAGUGUCUGCAGAGCUGGUAGAGCUGCUACGCCCUCCUGUCCUGCUCCAGCUGCAGGUUUUGCUGCAGGGCCUCCCCAGAGAGGAACUGGAUAACAUGCUGGGGCUGGCUGUUCACCUUAUUAGCCAGAGCCCAUCAGGAGGGGCCCGGGUCCUCCGUUUUCUGGCAGACACAGCGACCCCGGCUUCAGUCAUCAUCUCUGGCCCUACACCCUCCCCCAAUGAAGGAGUCAGAGAAGGUUGCGAUCGCCUCCUCCAGAUGCUGCUUCUGCAUCUCCAUAAACUGGUCUUCAACCGCUCAGAUGGAGUUGAGGUCAACCCCCAUCACCCUGCUUCCUCUCAACCCAAGAGGAUCAUCCCCUUCUUGGAGGAGCUGCAGUCUCACAUAGGUGAGCUCUGUGCCGAGACACUGCGACUGGAGAGGAAGCGCCACCUCUGGCUGCACCAGUUGCUGUGUCUACUGUCGGUGUAUGGGGGUCCCAGCGUGGCCACUGAGACUUUCUGCCAGCUUCUCACCCAGGCCCGUAAUCCAGAGGAGCUGGCUCUGGCCUGGCAGCUCCACACCACGCUCUCCUCUUGCAUGGCAGGCCUCAUUCCUGCAGCUGUAGCUCGCUGUGUGGCCCAGAUCCAUACACACACUCUGGGUCCCCGGCAGCUGAGGCAGCUGCUGCUUAACUUGGCUGCAGCCAUCCAGAGUCAGGAUGAGGAGAGAAGAGGAGCAGCAGGUGUUCAGUCCUCCAUGGCCAUCCAGGUGGGCUCAGCGGUCUCAGGAAACCUCCAUGAUUUUGGCCCGCUCCUUCUCCACGGUGACCCGGCUGUAUCUCACGCUACAGUGCGCCUCCUGUCCUGUAGCCCACUCCCUCGCACCUCCUCCCCAGCACACCUGCUCCUGCUCUCCCGUGCUGCUGUCGCUCAUUUCUUUCUGGCGCUGCGGAGAAGAGGAGAAGGGGGGAAGGGGGGGAGAGAUGGGGGACAGGCAGGAGAGGCAGUGAACUGUUCAGUCCUGCUCCUUUCCCGAUUAGCAGCGUAUUCUCCACUCACUCUCAAAGCAGUACUUCAGCAGCUGGUUGAGGGAGCGCUACAUAAAGGCAACGCUGACCUGUUUGGAGGGCAGAUCGCAGACAUGUCUGGCGCCCCUGUGACUUGCCCAUCUGUGUCCCCUGACCUCGGAGCCUCUUUGCUGGAUAUUAACUGUCGGUUCGGUACUACCGUCAACUUUUCUGGCAGCGUGUGGUCUGUGUUUCAUGCCGGGGUGAUUGGCAAAGGGCUGAAGGUCCGUACUGCCACACAGCUGCCUGACCCAUCUGGCGUCAUCCAAAACGUCCAGACUCUGCUGGCUGUCAUAGUCCAGUGUUGCAGCUCCUCUGGUCUCAACGGCUCACGACCAUCAUCUGACCCUGACGAGCCGGCGCCCAUUAACGCUGAGGCAGCCAAGGUUGUUGCAGUGACAUUGGUGGAAAAUGUCUGUCCAGAUGUGGCCAAUGGUGAACUGUCCUGGCCCCCAGAAGAGCACGCCCGCACGACGGUGGAGCGAGACAUCCACAUUCGGCGUUGCUUUGAGGCCCACCCGGUGCUCUUCCCUCUGCUUCAGGUGGUGGCAGCUGGACGCCCGGCUCUCUGCUACUGCUCAGCUGUGCUCAGAGGCCUCCUGGCCACUCUGCUGGCCCACUGGGAGGCGUCCCGCGAGGUGUUAUCCACAGACUCCCCGUGGCACCUCCAGGCCUCCUGCCUGCUGGUGUCCUGCAUGGGAGAGGGCCAGCUCCUGCCUCCUGUGCUGGCCAACGUCCACGAAGCUUUCUCCCAUCUCACUCCCUUCGAGGUGAGGCUGCUGCUGCUGGCUGUGUGGGAGUACGUGAGGGGCAAUGGGCCCAUGCCCCAGAAGUUUGUCUUCAGCUCAGAGAAGGGCCUUUUCUGCAGGGAUUUCUCACGGGACGGCGACGUGGCAAGAUAUGUGGCACCGAUUCACAGCGUCCUGCAUAAAAACAUAGACAGACUGGGCCACCUGUGCUGGCGGUUCCAGCUUUAAAGGGUAGUGGGGAGCAAACUGUGAAGAACAGGUGACAGGGAAUAAAUAGAGACUGUAAAAUAGACAGAAUACUGUGUUCUAUUGCUCCAAGAGUGGACCGCAAAGUUGCUAUCACUGUACUUCAGUUUCAUAUAGCAUAGCUGUGUGCAUGUGUGUGUGUGUGUGUGUGUGUAUACCCUUUGUACCAUAUUUUUAGACUUGAUACAUUUCUAACUAGUUGUUUCUGUGAGAAAGACAAGGGGACAAGAGAAAUGUCACACAUAUAUAUUAUGUUAAUACAGAGUUUGGUCCACACAAAAUACAGCCUUAAUGUGUCAUUUUGGUUAGAAAACACAACUUAACUCUGCUAAAUCAUUUAUAGAAUGUUUUGUAUAGUUUUCUGAUUGUUGAUGUUCUAAAAUUGUGGCUACAAACAUGCCUUGCAUCUCUUGUUAUAUGCACAAACUGUUGUUUCAACCACUUUACAAAAUAAAUCUGCAUUUGGUCUUAGAA